AUCUGAAGCAGGCUCCAGGCUCAUCUGUCAGCACAGAGCCCAACGUUUGGCUCAAACUCACGAGCUGUGAGAUUAUGACCAGAGCCGAAGUCGGACGCUUAACUGACUGAGCCACCCAGCCACCCCAGUAAUGGAGUUAUUUAGCAUUGUUUUGGAAGUUAUAUAACAAAAGCAGUCAGGCAAUUAAAGUAAGUGAGACAUAAAUAUUGAAGAGCAAACGUCCAAGUUAUGAUAGGAUUUGAAGGUAAUAAGUUUUCUGUAGAGAAAACAUUAAGGAAAAGAUCAUUUGGAAAAUGAUUUCAAUUGAGAGAGACUCAGUGCUCAGUAAGUUGCCUGGCUUCAAGAUAAAUUACAUGGGCUUCUCUGUGAACAGAGCUGAACAGUUUAUUGACAGUUAUAAAUGAUUUGAAUGUGUGGGAAGAUUCAGUAUUGUAGAUAGUUUAAAUGUCCUGAGAUUAUCUAGAUAGUCAAUGUAAUUGAUAUAUUUGUUCAUUUAACAAAUAUGUGUUGAGUGUCAGUGAUAUCCAGGUGGAUGUUCUAAAUGCUGGGUGUGUAGCAGUGUAUGGAAAUAUAAAAAACCCUUUUCUUCUGGGACUUACAGUCUGGUUAGUAGAGGUAAAUAAAAGAAGCAGGAAUAUAGUAUGUCAGGGUCAUGAUAAUCCCAUCAAAAUUUUAGUAGGGUUAUUUUUAGAAUCUUACACAAUAUUUUAAAGUUCAUUUGGAUCAAUACCUAUGACAGGAUGGUAAAGAUAACUUGUUAAAGAUUAUUUGUCCUAUUGAAUAUUUCAUUAAAAUAACUAUGUUAUAGUUACAAAAUACAUCAGUGGGACAAAAUAUAGAAGGUCUAGAAAUAGUCUCAAAUGAGGAUUUUUGUCAUUAAUAAAAGUGGCAUUUCAGACUAGUGGAGAAAACAAUGGAUUGUUCAGUGAAAUGGUAUUUGGUCAACUAGCUAUUUAAUACUCCAAAGUAGAUUCCAAAUGAGUUAGGUAAUUAAGAAGAUAAAACAACAUUAAAGUACCAGAAACAUGACUUUGAAAGCAUGAUUCUAGAAGUAGCAAAGAAAAGGUUAAUAGGUUUGACAUUAAAAAAGACUCAAUUUCCUAAGAGCAAAGAGCACCAUAAACAAUGUGAAAAGACAAAGGAUAAACUGGGAAAGAUAUUCACAGUGUAUAAAGUGGACAGAGAGUUAAUGUUUUUACUAGAGGUCUUAAAAUCAAGGAAAAUAAACCUAAUAAAAAGUUGCAAUCAUCAUUAAAAUGGAAUUCACCCACAAUGCAGGUUGAGAGCAUUUAUUUUACUUUGCUUAUCAAAUUGCUACAGAUUAAACAGAUUGCUACUACCCAGUGUCCCUGGUGGAAGGGUGUGUUGAUAAAGCUUUUCUGCAGGCCAGUUUGGUAAUAUGUACAUGUUAGGAUCUUAAAUGCACAACUUUUGACUGGUAAUUCGUCUUUGAAUGUACUGUAGGGAAAUAAUUGGAUAAAUGUGCAAAAAGUUUUAUAGAAAAAUGUUCAUUGUCAUAUUCAUCAUAGCAAAAAAUUGGAAAUUGUCACUUUGAUUAUACAUCACUACAAUGGAAUACUAAGCAGCCUGAAAAUGAUGUAGAUUUAUAUUUGCCAGUGAGGAAAGAUGUCCAUCUUAUAGUUUAUAAAAAUCAGUUGCAAAUGUAUGCCUAAGCAUGCUACAGUUUUAGAAAGCACAUGUAUGUAUGUACAUAUAUGUAUGUACAUAUAUGUCCUGGUUGAUGAAGACAGUAUUAAUGCAUAUACCAACAGAGUGAAAUGUGGCUCUGUGAAAGAUGAUUUCAAUUUUCUUUGUACAGUUUAGAAAGAAUAUUUAGAAGUUUCUGUGGUGGAAUGCCUGUCCUUUUAAUUAGCAGAGUGGAAACAGUAAAGCUCUUUUUAAGGGAGGAGGUAGAGGGAAGAUGAAGAUGGGAACAGAGGCCUUGGUUUUAGGGACCCCAUGUCUGCCAUGCCUUGUUGCCCUUCUCAGGGGGCCUGCAGGUGAGUGGAACCCGAGUAUUGGCUCUGUUGGGACCUGCUACAUGUGGGGUUGUCCCCUGCUGACCAAGCUCUGGAUGCCAUCCUCAUGGCAUCAUGAAGUUUUGUGCCAGCAUUUCUGGCAAAGACUUUAUGGAGCUCUUUAUUCACAUCUGCAGCACCGUAUCAAAGCCGGAGAGAGUCUGUGUGCUGCCACAUGUGCCAGCACAAGUGUGCUUCAGGCCUGAUGACUGCAGCGUCACCUGUGAUGCUAGAGUGUGGUGUGAGGUGAGGGGAGACUUCUUCCACUGGUUUCACAUGAAAGGUGUUUCAGAGGAGUUUAAUGAGAUUUAUUUAGAGCUGCUAUCUGAGCAUUUGUUCAGAGCGGUGAGAAGCGCAGGGAAUGCCUCUGCCCUGAAGCCCCAGUUGACCAAUAAGUGGCUCCCCCACCUCGCCAUGGCUGUGGAGCUGCCAUUGCCCACAGGAUGGACUCUUGUUGUGGUACACAGUGAUUGAUCGCCUGUGAGGUUGCUUCCCAGAAUGGUGUUGGAAGAUUUCCUGGAGCCCAGUGUGCAGGCCCAUGAUGUUAGUGUUUAUCUUCCUGCUUUGAAGACUCUGAAGAGCACUAUAGAAAGGCUAGCAAACUUGGGUGAUCAAGUGCUGGUUGAAGCAAAUCUAAAUGGCAAAAUGAACUUGAGGGUACAAACUGAUGUGUCUAUUAAAAGUUAUUUUAACAAUUUUGGAAAUCCUUCCAAGUCUGCUCAGGAUAUGCCUCAAGAUAGAAACCCUGAGAAUAUGUUGCAAGUACUAGUGGAAAGUAGGAAGCUUCUGUAGUUUUUCGAGGGAAGCAAAAUAAAUCCUACAAUAGCCUUAUGCAAUAUUUUGAGCAAUACUCUUCUUCAUCUUGUUUUGGUUCAUGAAGAUGUCUCUUUUCAGUAUUUUAUUUUUGCUUAUAAAAAUUCAAGCGUCCUGUAUUUUUUUUUUUUCUUUUUAAAGCUUAUGGUCUUUUCAAAACUGAAACAGACCCUGAGUUAAUUGGGUUGCAAGUCUGCACUCUCACUGACCUAUAUAGAAUGUACAUUUUGUUCAGCCCUUCUUCCUUUACAAAGCUUUUAUUAAAAAAGUCAUUGGUGAAAGAAUUGGAUAGUUCAUUUUUUAUGUUUCUUGACUUUUAUCAGUUUUUUUCAUACUUUUUAAGAUGCCAACAAGAAAAAGAUUUUCUAUUUUAACUCUUUUUAACAAAAAGGAUUGUAACAAAAUAAAUAAAAACUUUGAAUCCUGAAACAUUGGAUCAGUUUUUAUUAUAAAAUGCUACCAUGUGAAAUGGGAACUUCAUUCUUUUAAAGCAAGUAUAAUUUUCUGAGGGAGUUUUCUUAGCUUGAUAUGAUACCUGAAAGGUAUUUAGCAUUUGUGCGUAUUACAUAGUUUUUAUUAAGCUGUUUUUUGGUCAAAGUAUGUAUUAAUGUAUAUUCAUAGUUUUAGAUUUAUCAUCUACAAAGCUUGAGUUGGUUAUUAGGCUCACUAAUAGUGCAUCUUAUUCACUGUGAUUCAAGGAAAUGGUCAGUUUAUGUUUACUAAGAUAUUUCUUAUGGGUAACUUUUAUAUAAACCUAGUUUUCAUUUUUUUCCCCAUAGUAUUACAUUAUUCUAAUAGAAAAUGAUUCUUAAUGUUUCAAUAUUUUGAGAAGAGGAAGGAGGAGUUAUAAAGGACUACUACAGUGAUUAGAGGGAAGGUUUAUAUUCUUUCAUAUUAAAUUUUACUUUUUUAAUGGCUUAUGCAAUAAGACAAGUCUUUAACUUGGCAGCCUUUAUUUUUGCAGACUCAGUGAACUCCCAUGGCUACAUUUUAAUCACUAAUGAAUAAUUUCCUACUAGAUUUGGUGAUAAAAUGCUUAAAUUUGCUAAUUUAUUUUGUUUUGCUGAUUUGUAAAUUCCAUUCAUGCUGUUGUGGAAAGAACACAGAAACAUGAGACCUAGGCAAGUCACUUGAACUCUGGCUCUUUAAGAUCUUUCAGUUUGAGCAGAUUCCGUUUCAGUCCUCUGAGGGUUUCAAUGUAAGAAGAUUAAAUAGUUGUUUUAAAAAUUAUUUCAAACGUAGUAUCUUAAAAUUAUUAACAUAACUUUCAGAAUUAUGGCUUAAGUUUUUUUCUAAUUUAUGAAUUAAACACAGUUGCUUGGUGAAUAUUUUAAAGCUUUUUAAAUGAAAGAUGAAAAUGUAAAACAAAUACUUUAACUCAGUGAGAAAAUUAUAAGAUAUGCACUUUUUUUUUUUCUGUGCAUAACACAGAAAUGACUUCUCAUACUUGUUUCUAGUAUCUUUUCCAAUUUUUUUUCCUUUGGUUUAUUAAUUGAGAAUUUUCAAGCUGUAGUAAAAGUCUGCCUUUUUACCUCUCCUUCCUUCCCUCCGUCUGUCUCUCUGUCUCUCCCUCUCUCCCUCUAUCUUUUCCUGUGCCUCUUUUCUCUGUAUUUAAUAAAACCAGGAAAAUGAAAAAAAAACCUAUUCUUUGUUUUGGAAAAUACAUAUUUGUGCACUUUAAUCUAAGGUAAAUUAUUAUGAUGGUUAACUUUUAAUAAUUCAUUAACAGAAAGUAUCUAUAAAAGUUUUGUAGCCUAGUCUUUGUAAUGUAACUUUUGAAAACGGAGAGGUGUAAUUUAUUCCUCUACUCAACCUACAGGUAUGUUGCUAUUAAAGAAAAAUUAAAAGACCAUCUCAUACUGUAACAUCUAAAUAUAAGGUCUUAAAAAUUCAGAUUCUUUCAAUGGUCUAGUAAAAAAUGUUUAUAAUGAAUACAAACAUUUUAAAAUAACAUGUUUUUAUUAUAGUUUAGUUGUGAAAAGUCAGGCACUGCCAGUUUCUAGUCUUACAAUUAUUAAUUGAAUUUAAAAGCCUGGUCCAAUGAGUAAAGUUCUUACAGAAUCAUCCUUAGGGAUGAUCUCAUCUACCCACCUUAUUUAUAGAUAAGAAAACAGUUUCAGAGGGCAUAAAAGUAAGGGCUUUUAAUUUUCUUUUCUUUUUUAAUGUUUAUUUUUGAGACAGAGACAGAGACAGCAUGAGCAAGGGAAGGUCAGAGAGAGAGGCACAGAAUCUGAAGCAGGCUCCAGGCUCAGCUAUCAGCACAGAGCCCGAGGCGGGGUUCGAACCCACAAACCCUGAGAUGGUGACUUGAGCCAAAGUCCUAUGCAGCAUUGACUGAGCCACCCAGAUGCCCCAGGGCUUUUAUCCGUUAUUGCCAUUGUUAAUGCCAGGACCCAUUUUAAAACCCUGAUCUACAAACUAUGUAUGUUAAGUAUUUGAGCUUGGUCUAUUAUGGCUUAGUUUAGAGACUUAACAGAUUGGAUAUACUUUUGUUUAUCAAAAUAAAUCUAGAUUGCCUUGUGACUCUAUUACUUAUCUGAAAAGAUAAAAUUUAAAUGAAAAAAGUCCAAAACAUUUUAAAAGCUGUUGUCUGUUGUCCUUGUGUGAAGAUAUCCUUUGUUCUUGCAGGUAGGAAGGGGUUUAUCUGCCAGAAAACGGUAAUUCUCUGGAAGACCAAUACACAUUAAAAAAUCAAGGCAUCAAGUUUAGAAAUUAUUUCAGCUUCUGUUUCUGUAUUUUAGAGAAACACUACUAAGAAGCAGGAAAACACUUAGGCUUUUAUGUUUCACUGUAUCUUUAGAAAAUAAAUCAUUGAUGAAAUGUGUAAGGUUAAUACUAUAUUAUUUUAAUUAAAUGAGGUUUAUGACAAGGCAAAGCCAAAUUUUUGUUAACCUGUUUAGUAUAUUUGCAUAAGAAAGACCUUAGGACAGAUUUUCAAAGACUACUGGUAUUGCAUUUGGAAAUCUUUGUGAGGAAAAUUUGUAGAUACUUAAUGACAAGUACAGAUGAGAAUUUUCCUUUAAAAAUGUCUCUGUUAGUCUGGCAUGGGUUUUGAAACGGAAAAUGUUUGGAGAUGAAUCCUGUUUUUUAAGGCUUAGACUCUUCCCUCAUAGUGAUAAGAAAUUAUUUAUUUGUGACACUAAACAAAACAUUAUAAUGUAGGAUAUUUCUAAUUUGGGGCAGGUUGAAAAGAGAUCUCUUUCUAUAAUUCAUUUUACAAAUAAUUACUGAGUGCAUACUCAGUGGUGGGCAUUGUUUUAUGUGUUUUGGACCUUGUAGAGUAAAAAGUAGAUAUUCUUAUAUUACUAAAUUAAAUGCCUAAAUGGUCUUCCUGAGAUAAUGGUUUGCCCAUGUUUGGGGACAUGUAAGUAAUGUUUCAUGGUAAGGAAAUACCAUUAAUUUUUACAUAUGAGCCAGUAUAAUGAAUGCUGGAUUUUCAGCUGCCUCUGAUUUGAAUGUCUGGAACACAGCUGUACUCCUCAAUCAUAAAUAAGAAAAUAGAUCAUACUUUUUGAUUCAUUAUCAUUACUAGUGGCCCAGACAUUACCUAUUGUUACCAGACAUUACUUUGUUUUACUUGGACAAACUUUGAGGUUAACAUAGUUAAGAUUAUGAUCCUCUAUAUAUAAAUGCUCUCAAAAUGGAUUUGAAAUACUGGAAGUAAAUCGGCAACUACUUCUUAGUAGUGUUUCUCUGUUUGUUUGUUUGUUGGAGUGGGGAGGGUUUCUUUUUUUUUUUUUCUUUUUCUUUUUUUAAACUAGAGUUUCUCUAAUUUCAAUUCUUUUUCACACCAGAAUGAGCAGUAACUCAGUCACAUAGGAAGCAACUAAGGUUCUCAGAAUGUGGGCUAUCAGAUAGAAAAAUGACCUCAUAGUAUGCAGUGUGGUAUAAAGGAAAGAGUGAUAUUAGACUCCUAGGAGCCAGGAAACCAAGGAUAUGGUCUGUUUUAUAAGUACUUAGAUGUGUGACCUUGAAAUAAUUAUUUAACAUCUUUGGGUUGCAAUUUCUUCAGAUGACAGGUCUAGGCAUUAAUUGGAUCAAGUCUCUUGGCUUUGAUUCUGUUGAGUACUGACAUGUCCUACUGAUAAUCACCACCACCAUGUGAAGGGUAGCUGACAGUCUAAUAUUUUAUUACCUUUUCAGUAAUAUUCUGAAUGUUUUCAUCCUACUGUUUUUCUGGAAAUAAAGAUUGUAAGAUAUUUCUGCUUAAAUAUUCUUUAGAUUCUGAAAGUAAUCAGUUGAAGCCACAUGCUUAUCUGUUUUAUAGUCUAAUACUAAAGACAGGGAUUAAUACUAUAAAGAUAAUUAAACCACCACUCAACAGUGGUCUAAUUUUCCAUGCCAAUUGAACAAAGCAUUUUCCUUUGUCCAGAACUGUAGACAUUAAUCAGUGAGGCAGCUUAAUUACCCACUCUUUCCUUAGUGUUUGUUUUCCCUGCAGUGUUAUGGUAUCUUUGGGAACAAUAUAAUUUCUGUUAAUUAAAGCAGUUGUCAGAACUUUGUGUUGAAAUACGUCUAUGCUUUCUUGAAAAAUUUUAUUAAUAUAUGUUAGCUUACUAAAUUUCAGGCUUAACGAUUUAUAAUAGUUUUCAAGCACAUUCUCAAAACAAGCUUUAUACUCUUUUGUACAUGCUUAGAAACAUGUUUAAAGAGAUAGUACUAUAUGACCCAUUAAAAGAAUAUUUAUUUUUGAAAUUUUUAUAAUUUUAGUGUAUUUACUAAAUAUAGUUAAAUAUAUGGGACUUGGUAAAUAUUCUUUUUUUAACCAAACAUUAGUUUUAGCAUGUCUUUUGUUUAGUAGUUGUUUAUUCAUUGCUUAUUUGUGCAUUUUGCUAAUGUGAAUAUGCAAGUAAAUAUUUAUCUGUUGACUAACAGUGGACCUUGUACAUUGAUUAGUAGGAGAAUAAUAAUUUGAUUUAGUUUUGCUUUAUUUUAAAAUAUUAACAAAGCAUUAUUGAGAACUUUUUAUUUUGAUACAAGUUCAAACUUACAGAAAACUUAAAAAAAAUAGUAAAAGUAACUCACUCCUGUAAACUUAUAAGAAAAUACAGUGGUGGGGUGCUUAGGUGGCUCAGUCAGUUAAGAGUCCAGUCUCAGCAUAGGUCUUGAUCUUAGGGUCUUGAGUUUAUGCCCCAUGUUGGGUUCCAUGUUGGGCAUGGAGCCCAUAUAAGGAAAAAAAAAUAUGGUAAAUAACAACUGUAAGCUCUUUAGCUAGAGUGACCAAUUGUUUACUUUUCUUUUUUUCUCAAGUUUUUAUUUAAAUUCCUGCUGGUUAACAUACAGUGUAGUAUUAACUUCAGGUGAAGAAUUUAGUGAUUCAGCACUUCCAUACAACACGUUGUUCUCAUCACAAGUGCCAUUCUCAUCACAAGUGCCCUCCUUAAUCCCCGUUACCUAUUUAACCCAACCCCCACUUUUGAUAUAUUUACUUUUUGUCCCAUUUAUUUUUAUUAUUCUGUCAGUCUGUCAGUAUGUAUUUCUUUAACUCAUUUGAAAAUAUGGUGCAAACAACAUUUUUUCCCUACAUACUUCAGUAGGUAACUAAGAACAAAGACAUUCUCUUACAUUACCACAAUACAUUUAUCAAAGUGAGAAUUUAAUAAUAAUACCAUACUAUGUAAAUGGCAGUUCCAAUUCAGAUGGUGAUAAUUUGUCCAAUUUUGUACUUUAUAGAAGGUAUUUUUUUCCUCUUCUAGAAUCCAUCCAGGAUCGUGCAGUAUAUUUAGUUGUAAUGUGUCUUUUCUCUCUGUCUUUUUUUUAAAAUAUUUUAUUUAUUUUUGAGAGAGAGUGCAAGCA